UCUUACAGUCUCACAGUCUCACACACCUUGCUAGUUUUGUGGGCAUGGCUUGCAAGACUUGGCUCCACUCAUUUUCUUUCGUUCCCAUUCUCCAUCGCCGCUCCUCCACUCUUCCCGCCAUGUCUCACCUUCUCACCCGCUCAUCCCAAUCCGGUCGGCUAUUUUCCUCCUCCGCGAACCGGCCAUCACCACCACGACCACCACCAACAACUCCGGUCCACGCGCAAGCCAAGCGCGGCUUCUCAUCCAAAAACGACGACGUCGCCGUAGCUACUCCUGAGGAUGUUCGGUUUGAAGCGCCAUUGAAAAUAGUGGAAUAUCCAGACCCUAUUCUGAGGGCGAAGAACAAGCGAAUCGAUUCGUUCGACGAUAAUUUGCAGAAACUCGUCCACGAAAUGUUCGACGUUAUGUAUAAAACUGAUGGCAUUGGCCUCUCAGCACCUCAAGUAGGAAUAAAUGUUCAACUCAUGGUGUUUAAUCCUGUUGGAGAACGUGGUGAAGGAGAGGAAAUUGUUCUUGUAAAUCCAAGAGUGUACAAAUAUUCCAAGAAAAUGGUGCUUUUUAAUGAAGGUUGCCUGUCCUUCCCAGGGAUUUAUGCUGAUGUUGUGAGACCAGAAACUGUGAAGAUUGACGCACGGGACAUUAAAGGAGCAAGGUUUACUGUCAGCUUGUCUGAUCUUCCUGCACGAGUGUUCCAGCAUGAAUUUGACCAUUUGCAGGGUAUUCUAUUCUUUGAUAGAAUGAGUGAUGAAGUUCUUGAUAGUAUUCGCACAGAGCUACAGGCUCUAGAAAAGAAGUACGAGGAGAAGACAGGAUUGGCAAGCCCUGAAAGAAUAGAAACCCGCCAAAGGAAGAAGGCUGCUGCUGGUUUUGGAAAAUCUUGAACAUGCUGGCUUCCAUGGACAUAUUUGGUUUCCAUAUUCCAUAUUGAUAAUUCUUAAUCUUGUUUGUUUCCAUUUGUAAUAUUUUUAACUGUUCUUUUGGUUGCUUAUCAUAUGGGAAAGCUGAGUAUUAGGCAUGAUGCUGACUGUAUUAUACGUUGCAGUGCUCUUCCAUUCAAGGAGAUGGCAGGGAAUGUUUGAUAGGUUUUCUUGUAAUGCAGAAAUUAGAGUUUUCAAUUUGAUUUUCUCAGAAGGCUUCACUCUAUUGUCCCAUGUUGUAUUAUUAUUUUGGUUGUAGAGCAUGCAGGUCUGCUUUAAUGUUUCAAAAUGUCAAUUUCUACUGGUUUAUUUGAUAUCAAGCAAAUUUCGGUCA